AACGAUCAGCAGAAAGACACAACUUGCAAGCUGACCACGGAUCUGAGGCAUCGAGCAGUGGAGGGGUCAGACUGGGGAGGAACCCAUGAAUGUCAGCCUUAUAUCUGGGCACUACUAGCCUUCUUGGGUUUAGCUCUGACUAUAUCAUUGAUCUUCAAUAUUUCCCACUAUAAGGAAAAGCAUAAAAAAGGUAGAACAUACACAUAUGCCGAUGACUUCUUUCCCAGGGAAGAUGAGUAUGAUAUUGAAGAUACACCAAUUUAUGGUAACUUAGAGAAUGUGAUUCCAGAACCAAUAGAUGAAAACUGCUAUGAGCAAAUGAAAGCUCGACCAGAGAGACCUGUGAAUGAACUGCGACAGGCCACCCAACCUGCACAGUUAACCAGUGAAUCAGAGAUGUUCUAUGCCUCACUGGACCACAACAAUGAGGGGAAGUGCAGGAAGCCCCGGAAGCCCAGGAAACAGAAGACUUCUUUGUCAGACAAGCAUGAAGGCAGGCAAUUAACAUCCAAGAGUGCCAGUAUUUCCCAGGCCACUUUGGUAGACAGUGUCCUACCAGAAGGCCAGACAGAGGAGGAAAGCAUUCACGAUGACCCCAUCAGACUGUUUGGACUGAUUCGUGCCAAUAAAGAACCUACAAAUUAGCUGGGCUCUGAGGGGGCUCUUCAAUGACAUGGUGUUCAAGCAACAAGAUUCCCACAUGACACGACAUGAUUUGAGAGGGUGACGGUCUGAUUGUUGGUGAGACAGCCCUUACUUCUAUUACCUAGGGUGUAUGAAUAAGCAACCUAAAGUAAUUCCAUAAGUAUGAGUUAUUCAAAUUAAUUAGAAUUCACUUAAAAAGCAUAUAUACUGUAAAAUGUAAAAUAAAAUAAAAAUUUCAAACUGAGCUUGAUAACACAGGCACAACCCCACCAACAAUACUCAGGAAAACAUAAACAAUUUUGUAAGUGUAGUGUUCUAGAAAAUGUUGAAAGAAAAGCAAAAGCCACUGAAUUUUUUAAAAGAA